AUGACGGCGUGGCGUGACAGCGUGGCCGACGUCCUCGCCUUGGCGGCCGAGCUGAGCGAGCAGGAGGACCUCCGAGCCGCCGUUUUAGGGAGUGUUAAGGGCGGCCUCAUCGCAGGAGUCGUUACUGCGUGCGGGGGGCUCCUGGGCGGUCCCUUAGGCCUUGCUCUUGGCGGCGCCGUGGGAGGAGUCGUGGCAGCAGCUGCAUCUCAUAAGAAAUUCAAGAGUGUGGCUUCCAUCAUCAUGAAUGACUUAAGCUCAGCACAGAAAAAGAAACUCGCGGCCACUUUGAUGAAAGUGAUCCCCUGUCAGGUCGUCCUCAUGUCCGCUUCUCAACUACCGCCUGAAAUGAAGCAGCAGAUCAUAGACGCAGUUAAACAGUUCUUUGGCACUCACUUGAACAUGCGUGUGCAGCAGUGUGGAUAA